AUGCGCGCCGCCUCCAUCUUCCGUCCGACCCUGCUGCUCUGCUGGCUCGCCGCCCCCCGGCCAGCCCAGCCCGAGACGCUCUUCCACAGCCGGGACCGCUCAGACCUGGAGCCGUCCCAGCUGCGCCGCGCCAAGCCCAUCGCCGACCUCCCGGCGGCGCAGCGGUUCCUGUCCAAAUACGGCUGGGCCGAGGCGCCCCCCGAGUCCCGGGCUCCCAGCCCCGAGGGCCCCCCGCGCGCCGCCCUGGCCGAGGCCGUGCGCAGGUUCCAGAAGGUCAACGCGCUGCCGACCAGCGGGGAGCUGGACGCGGCCACCCUGGCGGCCAUGAACCGGCCGCGCUGCGGCCUCCCAGACACGCGGCCCCCGCUGCAGGCGGUGGGCCCCGCGCCCGGGACCCCCACGACCCCCGCGGCCCGGCGCUCGAGGGCUCGCGCCAAGCGGUUCCUGCAGGCGCUGCUCCCCGAGGAUCCCCCGCCUGCUGGGGGCCCCCGGGCCUUCUCCAAAAAGACCCUGACCUGGAGGCUGCUGGGGGAGGGCGUCAGCAGCCAGCUGGCCCUGGACGAGCAGAGGUACAUCUUCAGACUGGCCUUCAGGAUGUGGAGCGAGGUGAUGCCGCUGGACUUCCAGGAGGACCUCACCGCCCCCGGAGCCACGGUUGACAUAAAGCUGGGUUUUGGCCGAGGCCGGCACCUGGGCUGUCCUUGGGUUUUCGAUGGCAGUGGGCAGGAGUUUGCACAUGCCUGGCGCCUGGGCGACAUUCACUUUGAUGAUGACGAGCACUUCACACCUCCCACCAGUGACUCGGGCCUCAGCCUUCUCAAAGUGGCCGUCCAUGAAAUUGGCCAUGUACUUGGCUUGCCUCACACCUACAGGACAGGAUCCAUAAUGCAGCCAAAUUACACCCCCCAGGAGCCUGUGUUUGAGUUGGACUGGUCAGACAGAAAAGCAAUUCAGAAACUGUAUGGUUCAUGUGAAGGAUCAUUUGAUACUGUAUUUGAUUGGAUUCGCAAAGAGAGAAACCAAUACGGAGAAGUGAUGGUGAGAUUCAGCACGUAUUUUUUCCGCAACAGCUGGUACUGGCUUUAUGAAAAUCGAAACAACCGGACUCGCUAUGGGGACCCUAUCCAAAUUCUCGUUGGCUGGCGUGGAAUCCCAACACAAAACAUAGAUGCUUUUGUCCACAUCUGGACGUGGAGAAGAGAUGAACGUUAUUUUUUUAAAGGAAAUCAAUACUGGAGAUAUGACAGUGACAACGAUCAGGCCCACACGGAAGAUGAACAAGGAAAAAGCUACCCCAAAUUGAUUUCAGAAGGAUUUCCUGGAGUCCCAAGUCCCCUGGACACUGCCUUUUACGACCGAAGAAAGCAGUUCAUUUACUUCUUCCAAGAGUCCUUUGUGUUUGCAUUUGAUGUCAAUAGAAAUCAAGUACUUGAUUCUUAUCCAAGGAAGAUUAUGCAAGUUUUUCCAGGAAUAGAGCCACAAAACCAUCCUUUCAGAAAUAUAGAUUCAGCUUACUUCUCCUACACGCACAACUCCGUUUUCUUUUUCAAAGGCAAAGCAUAUUGGAAAGUCGUUAAUGACAAGGACAGACAGCAGCACCCCUGGCUUCCUUCAAAUGGCCUAUUUCCAAAGCAGUCCAUCUCAGAGAAGUGGUUUGACGUUUGUGACGUCCAUGCCUCCACCCUGAACAUGUAAUGAGGAAAACAGGCAAAUGGAGAGACUCAAAGGAUUUCUCUUCUAAGACAAAGUCUGAUUUCUUUUACAAAGAAAACA